AUGGUGAAGUGUAACAAAUGUACAAAGGACAUUGCACCGACAAAAGACGGGAGCAGCACGUGUGUGAGCUGCCAGGCACAAUUUCAUAACUCAUGUGUCAGUGAAUGUGUUACACGUGGUUCACAAAAAUCUUGGAAAUGUGUAAAGUGUUGCAGUGAGCAGACAGACACCAUAGUUAAACCAACGAUCGACUACGAGCGGGUUAAUGAAAUAAUUGUGAAAGCGAUUGCUGUCUUAAAAGAGGAUAUGAAGAACCAGUGGGACGUUAACAACAAGAAAUUGGAUAGCAUACAGGAAGAGAUGAGUAAUAUGAACAAAGACAUUACUUUCCUUAAAACAAAAAUGGACGAAAUAGUUGAAAAAGCGACCAGUACAGAAACAAGGGUGCAGCAGCUAACUGAUGAUAAUUGUAAAUUGCAUCAAGAAUUAGCCGUUGCGAAGAGAGAAAUUCACGAUCUUCAAAUACAAACUAGGAAAAACAACAUAGUAAUUUCUGGCAUCCCAAUUCAAUCAAAAGGGACCAAUGUAUUUCCCAUUAUCAUUAAGAUAGCUGAACUCCUGAAACUUACAUACUACCAAACAGACAUCAACGCUGCCCAUUGGCUCCCAGUCCGGGGGGGCGAGCCGAGAUCUCAGUCAAUUGUAGUUUCAUUCGUGUCAAGACUGGUUAAAAAUGAAUGGCUCCUCGCAAGACGUCACAAAAGAUUCCUGAAGGCGAGAGAAAUCGACAACGAUUUUCCAGACGUCCAAAUUUAUUUGAAUGAACAACUCACUAAGGAUACAAGUGUACUAUUCAAAACGGCAAGGAGCAUGAUUAAGGAGAACAAGAUGGCUUCCGUGUGGACAAACGAUGGACGUGUGAUGGCCAAGAGAACUCCAACAUCUCGUCCAUUCAGAGUGAAUUGUCUAAAGGACCUGGAGGAGAGGACUCCACCCGCAACCGCCUCCGAGGAAGACGCCGCCCCCAUCCAGGCCGACGGGGCGCCGCUACGCCCCACUGCAACCAACGCCAACUCAACCGCCAGCCUGGUCAAGUGA